AUGUUAUAUAUGCUUCAUACACAACACAAGACCAUUUCACUUUGGGGAUGUGUAACUCAGACAUACUUAUUCCUGUCCCUGACGUGCACGGACACCCUUUUGCUUGGUGCCAUGGCCUAUGAUCGAUAUGUGGCAAUUUGUCACCCUCUUCAUUACUUUACUCUCAUGAGUACACAACGUUGUGGUCUACUGAUAAGCAUGGCAUGGACUAUUGGUUUUACAGAUCCUUUGGCACACGUGUUUUUCAUAUCUAAGUUGUCUUUCUGUGCAUCCAAAUAUAUUGACCAUUUCUUCUGUGAUGUCAUACCAUUGUUAAAAAUCUCCUGCAGUGACACAUCCAUUAUUGAAAUGUUAACGUAUGUUGAAGGAACAGUACUUAUUGUUCCAGAUUUUCUGCUUAUUUUAAUAUCUUAUAUAUUCAUUAUAUCCACCAUUCUAAAAAUAAAAUCUGCAGAUGGCCGACGUAAAGCUUUUUCUACCUGCACUUCUCAUCUAACCUGUGUGAUUAUAUUCUAUGUGACAAUUACAUGUUUAUAUAUGAGACCUAAAUCAAGAUACUCUCCAGAACAGGACAAGUUUUUUGCUCUUCUUUUUGUCAUAUUGGUCCCCAUGUUGAAUCCCCUUAUUUAUAGUCUAAAAAACAAAGAAGUAAAAACUGCCUUAAGAAAAGUUAAGAAAAUACUGAUAGGCUAA